AGAUUAUAUAGUUGGAGAAUUGACCUUUGGCUGUUGUUCUAAUUGAUACGAAAUUAUGAAAUGGAACGAUGGAAUUUGUCGUGUGACUAUUAAAGCUCCGCAUUGUGUUAUUCUGAAAGGUUCUGAAAUCAGAGCAAUUUCACAAUUAAAUUAUCAGCUUCUGAAGGAAUCGUCGAGAAAGUAACAAGGUAUAGUUUCUAGCUUCCAUGCUUAAUUAAUCUGUCAAAAGUCAACACAAACACACACACACACAGCAAUAAUGAUAGUUAGGCUAUGCUAUUUGAUCUAACUGAUAUGGAAUAAAUGAUGAGAUAAUACUCGUUCCUGAUAGUAAACGAUCAUAAUGCAUAUGUGUAUAAUGCAAACGAUCGUAAUGCAUAUAUGAGUAAUGCAAAACACACUAUCAAGGAAUCCCAAUUUAAGCUUUGAAUUAGCUGCUGGAGUCAAGGAGAAACCACACACACACGCGCGCACGCGCACACACACACACACACAGAUGAAGGGAAAGGCGGUGAUUGUGGGCGGGAGCAUAGCGGGGAUUUCCUGUGCACACGCACUGAUUGCCGCCGGUUGGGAGGUGGUGGUGCUGGAGAAGACUACCGCCGCCCCAACUGGCUGUGCCACCGGUGCUGGACUUGGACUCGAUACAGUGUCUUUCAAACUCAUUCAGCCAUGGAUUAAACAACCCGAAGUACUCGAUCGUAUGACAUUGCCGUUGACUGUUGAGUAUGAACAAGCAACAGAUGGGAGCAAGAAUAGUACUCGAACGCUUGCAAAAGACCCGAAUUUCAAUUUCAAAGUAGUGCACUGGUCUGAUCUACAUAGGCUUCUGUACGAAUCCUUACCAUCCGAGGUUGUUCUAUGGGGGCACUUGUUCUUGUCCUUGUCCAUGUCUGAAGAUAAAAGUUCUGUCAAAGUGGUCGCUAAAUUACUCCAAACCAAUGAAACUGUCGAGAUAGUUUGCGAUCUUCUUGUUGGAGCUGAUGGCAGCCUUUCUUCUGUACGAAAACAUUUUCUUCCCGAUCACAAACUCAGAUAUUCGGGUUACUGUGCAUGGAGAGGGGUAAUCGAUUAUUCAGACAAUGAAAACUCGGAAACACUAAAGGCAAUCAAGAAGGCAUACCUUGAUCUCGGCAAAUCUUGUUAUUUCGACUUGGGUUCGGAAGGGCAUGUUGUCCUUCACGAGCUAAUCAACCGAAGGAUCAAUUGGGUUUGGUAUCUUAAUCAACAAGAGCCCACUUUUGAGAGGAAUUCGCUCACCACAAAAGUUAGCCACGAAAUGAUCGAGAAUAUGUAUGAACUAGCAGAGAAAGUGUGGAUACCUGAACUGGUGAAAGUAAUGCGAGAAACGAAAGAGCCCUUUCUGAACGCGAUAUACGAUAGUGAGUCGUUAGGGCAGUUGUACUGGAACAACAAUGUGGUUCUGAUAGGAGAUGCAGCUCAUCCGAUAACUCCUCACGGUGCAAGAAGCACAAACAUGUCGAUACUCGAUUCUGCAGUGCUGGGCAAAUGCCUCGAGAAGUGGGGCCCACAGAAUCUGGGCCCGGCCCUCGAAGAAUAUCAGUCUAUUAGGCUGCCAGUGGCUAAAGAGCAAGUUCUCUUCUCGCGAAGAUUGGGCCGUAUAAAGCAGCGUUUGCCCGUUUCUGGUCAUGAGAUAUUCGAUCCUACGACAGCGAGUGAAGAAGAAUGCAAAGUGCUGCAGCUGAAAAACAUACCUUAUCACAAUGGUAUGCCAUCCAUAUUGAUGUGAUGUGACAGUGUAUACCUUAUUUCGACGAUGGUACGUUGUUCAUUUAAAUUAUGGACUAUAUAUAUAAUAAGAUGCUCGAUUCGACACUACCGUCAAUAAAACGUUUCGUAUUUUCUUUGUAA